AUUAUUUUAUAACUUUUUAUUUACUGUUUGUGAAAUGUGCUUAGAAAUAUGUGACCUGAUAAAUUACGUUAAUAAUUUUUAAAAAAAUAAAAAUGGUGAAUUUUAGAUAAAUUUAAAAAAAUGAUUAGGAAUACAUUAUUAUUUCCUUAUCAUUUGUUCAAAUUUGCUUAUGGCAAGUUUUCAAAAUUAUCGUAUAAGAGUAAAAUUUACAUGGGAUUACUAGCUGGUGGUAUACUAUUAUGGCCUAAUUAUACUAGAACACCUGCCGUUAGGGCUGAAAAUAUACAUAAAAGAGCCAUUACAGACUACGUUUAUAUGGACAUAUCAAUGGAUAACCGAUACUUGGGAAGGAUUCUAAUUGGCCUUUACGGGCGCCUUUUACCUCUUACUGUUGAGAAUUUCAUUCACAUGUGUAAAGGAUUCCCAAUUAAGGAUAAGAUAAUUGGCUACUAUAACACCAGAUUUGACAAGAUUGUGCCUGGAAGGGCCAUUUUAGGCGGUAGACUAUUUGAUCAAAAAAGUUCACUAGAUUCAUGUACUAUAUAUUCCAAACGAAUUCCUGAAGAAUCGUUUGAUACAACAUUUGUUCAAGAAGGGGAUGUGGCAAUGGUUAGUGAUGGGCCACUUGGAGUUUCUUCUAGAUUUUUAAUAACCUUGACUAGUAAUCCUGGAUUUCAGCAAAAAGCUGUAGUUGUUGGCACUGUUGUUAAAGGAAUGAAACUAAUACGGAUGUUGGGAAAUGGAGCAAGAAAAGAUGGAAUUCCCAAUAAGGAAAUUAGAAUUGUGGGCUGUGGCUUAUAUAAUGGACCUGAAAAUGGCCCAAAAUCGUUCCUUAACGUAUAACUUACA